AUGGCGUCCAACUCUGUCAAUGGCACUACCAGCCAUAGCUUAGACAUCACAGUCUUGGGCUUGAAUAGCGGGACGUCUAUGGAUGGCAUUGACUGUGCUCUUUGCCGAUUCCGCCAAGAGACCCCCGAAUCACCUAUGCACUUCGAACUACUCAAGUAUGGUGAGAUUCCAUUGGAGCCAGUGAUAAAGAAGAGGGUGAUGGACAUGAUCUAUUUCAAUAAGACCUCUCCUUCCGAGUUGUCCGAAGUAAACGUGAUCCUGGGCGAGACCUUCGCCUCAGCCGUGCACCAGUUCUGUAAGGAUUACAACGUGGACAUCAAAUCGAUUGAUGUCCUCGGAUCCCACGGCCAAACCAUCUGGCUACUCUCCAUGCCAGAACCCGGCGAGACCCGCAGCGCUCUGACAAUGGCUGAGGGCACAUUCCUAGCCUCGCGCACGGGCAUUACCUCAGUCACCGACUUCCGCGUAAGUGACCAGGCCGCAGGACGUCAGGGAGCACCCCUCAUUGCCUUUUUCGACGCGCUAGUCCUGCACCACCCGACAAAGCUACGCGCAUGCCAGAACAUCGGCGGUAUCGCGAAUGUCUGCUUUGUCCUCCCGGACAGCCAUGGCGGCGUUGACGCCUGCUACGAUUUCGACACCGGUCCAGGAAACGUGUUCAUCGAUGCUGUCGUGCGUCACUACACUAACGGCAAGCGCGAGUAUGACCAGGAUGGCGAGAUGGGAGCCCGCGGUACCGUCGAUCAGGAACUUGUGGACGACUUCUUGAAACAUCCCUACUUCGCCUUGGAGCCGCCCAAGACAACCGGUCGUGAGGUUUUCCGUGACACUCUUGCCCAUGAGUUUAUCGUCAAGGCUGAGGCAAAGGGCCUUAAGCCUGACGACGUCGUGGCUAGCAUUACACGUGUUACCGCCCAGGCUAUCGUGGACCAUUACCGUCGCUACGCUCCUGAGGGCCUUGAGAUUGCUGAGAUAUUCAUGUGCGGUGGUGGCGCAUACAACCCUAACAUCACCGCGUUUAUCCAGUCAAAUUAUCCCAACACCCGCAUUAUGAUGCUCGAUGAAGCUGGUAUCCCUGGCGGCGCUAAGGAGGCCAUUACGUUUGCUUGGCAGGGCAUGGAGGCUGUGGUUGGCCGCUCUAUCCCAGUGCCCACUCGUGUCGAGACUCGCCAAGAAUAUGUGCUCGGUAAGGUGUCUCCGGGGAAGAACUACCGCAACGUCAUGCGUCAAGGCAUGAUGUUUGGUGCUGAGCGUGAUCAUCUCCCUCCAGUGAAGGAGAUGAUCAACUACAUUGACGGCAAGCCUUUUGACAACAAGUGGUAA